ACAUGAUCUUAGUUUUCUGAAUGUUAAGCUUUAAGCCAGCUUUUUCACUCUCCUCUUUCACUUUCAUCAAGAGGCUUUUUAGUUCCUCUUCACUUUCUGCCAUAAGGGUGGUGUCAUUUUCAGGUGUCACAGGGUAAAAUUUAAAGUAACUGAAAGGGACUAGGGGAGGUUUGCAAAUUUGUGUGUGACGUGGAGGCCUGGAUAGGUAAACAAAGAAUUACAGAGUAGGUAGUAAUUGAGCUGUUCUGGAAGAAUGGACAGAAUGUCAUGUUCAGGGCACAGAAGGAAGCUCUACUUGUGAUGGGAAGACACUCAGUGAAGCGCUAGAAGAGUCAGGAGGAGAGGUUCUGCCAGGACAAGGUCAUAAACAGGUCAGACUCAAGGACAACCCUGAAUGCCCGGCUGUGUUGUCUGAACUUUGCACUCUAACUUUUUUGAACGGGGAGAAAGCCACAUUUUGGGGGGAAACUGGAAGCAUGGGAUACUGUUAAAAGGCAGUAAUCUCUCAGAAGAUGAGGGGCUGAGAGCUUUGGGACAAAUGUGAGAACUGGAAGCAAAGGUCUGACCCAAGAAAUAUUUUGAUUGUUGCAGCAUCUCUUUCUUUUGUCUUUCUAACUCACAUGGCUUCUCCCUGCUCCGUCAUCUCUUCUCCAAGUCUUUUCUUACUGACUGCUGUGGGCCACCAGCUUCUACUGACCUAGAGCUCCCAUCAGUUCUUCCCAUCCCCUUAACAGAUGCGUAGCCACGCCCCCAGGCCCUCCUCUGGACCAGGCAGCCUGGAAGGAGGCAUUUGCUGGGAAACAGUGACUAGGACGGAAAAGGGAAAGACCAUUCUUCCACACCAUUUCCCUCCGUCACUCCCGCCACGCCUGGGAUGGGGCAUGAUUUUCUCCUCCGUAAAACCAAGAAACAAAAAGGAAUGUGCCUCCGUUUCCGGUGUGCCUCCAGUCUUCCACUUCAGCCCACAGCACUGUGCACACCUCAAGAACAAAUACCUGACCCAGGCCAGUGCAAACCUGACGUUUUCUCCGGAGGUGGUGUGGCAGCGAGGGCUGCCCAGCGUCCCUUACAGCCAGUACAGCUUUGACCAUCUCUACGACGCCAGUGGCAUAAUUCAGCCUCACCAGGUCAGGACAGCCCGGCCUGAGAAGAAGCCCGUCUGCCUCAAGGUCUCGGAUUCUCCAGGUCCCCCAACAAAGGUCACCUCCCAGGCUGUGAAGACGGAAAGCUAUGCCAAUCCUACAAAACUGAAGAAAUUAGAGCCAGCUAGUGUAGGCCAGGAGGCAUCUAGCCCCCUCAGUCUUCAUCCAAGCAGGGAGCUGGACAUGCUGGACCUGUCACUUGCUCCAGAAGUGAACUUGGAGGAGAGGGAAACCUGGCUUCCGCCUGCUGAGAAGGCGGCCAGAGCGUGGGAGGCCGUGGUGCUGGAAAAGCUGAACAAGCGCACUGCCCGAUGGAUCCAGAACAAGCGUCCUCCAAGGCCAGGGGUGUCCGCCAGCAAGUGGCAGAGCUUCUUGCGCCAGCAGUACGACUGGAGCCACAUCCGCGAUGAGCUCACUUCCUCCAGUGACCUGGACCUCUUGAAACAGCUGGAGGAAGAAGAGACGGCAGAAUUUGAGGGUCGAAGUGUUGUCCUGCCCACCCUGGAGGAAAAGAAGCCAGAGCUGCUGCUUCCCGUCUAUUAUCGACUGCCGAAUUACUUGCCGCAAGUGCAGACAGCUGAAACCAUGCCUGGCAUGAAUAAGACGGCUGAGGAAAUAGAUGAAAAGGGGAGCCUCUACAAGCCCCCAAGCCAGAGCCACGUUCGACAGGUGAAUCCGCGAGCUGGAAAGUUUGCUUACUCCACAGGCAACACCUUUGAACAGGAGAUUUACUUCGAUGAAGUCCAGAUCGUCCACCAGAUUGGUGCAAAGAGAGACCAAAUUCUCCUGGAAAAUCUCAAUCAAUACAUCAAGCAGUUAUCUAAGGUCUUCCCUGAAACCCCAGAAAGGUGGACUUCACAGCCAGUUCCUGAAUCAACUUGCAAGCCUGUGAAAGGAGCCAUGCGCUGGACAGCUUUGCCCACACCGGCCACGGAUCUGCUGCUGAAGGUGGGUGAGAAGGACGUGUCCGUGAAGACCAGGAAACUGAAGAAGCAAGCAGAGUCACUGAAGGAGAAUGUGUCUUGGGAACUGGUGGUCCUGCGAAGGAUGCUGCAGGAAUGGAAGGUGGCCUGGGCUCUAAUCAUCGAGUGGCACCAUAAGACUGCUGAGGGCCUGCUGCAGAGCUUGGUGGACAUCCAUGAUGACGUCCGGAUCCAAGCCAUCAUCACUUGUGCCACGGCUGCUUUAGAACGGCCCCGUGCUGCCGUCAGUCGAGGGGACUCCGACAAGGAAACGAUGAAAGCCUCAUCUAUUCAGGACUUGCCAGAGGUUCUACAGCCCCCACUAAUGGCUGCUCUUUGUGAUAAGAAUGCCAAUGUGCGGAUGGCAGCAGCAGUAUGCCAAUAUGCCAUACAGUCACAUAAUCCUCUUGCCCAGGAAAUCAUGCAGACUGUCCUUCUGAAGGGUAAUACCGUGGACAGCUGGGCUGCAGCUCAGUGCCUGGCUCUGGAAGGUGCGGCCACUUACCCUGUGAUUAAGAGGAUCAUCCACCAGCUGUUUCAUAAGAAGAAUGAGGACACCGAGCAACAGUCUUGUACGCUCCUGCGCCAUCUCAGUGGAAAGACAACCCUGAUACAUACCAUGCUUGCUGUGGAGCUGAAUAGCCGUCAAUGGAAAGACCGCAUUGUGGCCUGCAGGGCUCUCUCCCGGAUCGGUGGAAAUGUCAGUUUGGAUAUGAAACAUAAGUUGAUCCAGCUGAUGUUGAGUGACUGGAAUAAGAAAGUGAGACACGCAGCUGCCCAAGCUCUGGGGCAAAUGAACCUUGGAAAAGAGGUGCAUGACACAAUCAGAAUCAAGCUGGGUCAAGGAAAUUUCCAGGGGCGUGUGGAAGCCCUCUACCUGAUUUGUGGGCUCAAGCUUAUGACCGCCAAGCUUCUCCCAAGCUUUCUGGACUGCUUCUCUGAUGACUUCAUGGCAGUUCGGCGGGCAGCUUGCUUGGCAGCCGGUGCCCUGCAGAUCCAUGAUAAUAGGGUCCUUGAAUGCCUUCUGAAUCUGAUACAGGGAGAUCCCUGCUGGAAAAUCAAGGCCUUUGCCAUUCGAGCUUUGGGGCAAAUUGGCUGCGUGAGCCCCCAGCUGACAGACCUCCUGCUCUGGGCUAUCCACUAUGAAGAGUCACCAGGUGUGCGACUAGAGGCUUGCCGGAGCAUCCUAGCCCUCAAACUUCAAGGAGACCGGGUCAGGGACACCUUCCUCGACGUGCUGCUCCUAGAGAACCAUGAGGCUGUUCUGAAAGAAAUUCACCAUGCAAUGAAGAUACUCAACUUAGAAAAUGAAGGAAACCAAGAAAUGCUUCAGGAGAUCAGGAACAGGAUUCAAACACUAAGCCAAAAGGAACUGUUGAUACAGAAAGUAUUCAAGAUUGAGGCAGCCGUAAGAAAAGUGAAGGAGGAAGCAAAACGUGUUUAUGUGCAACCCAAAGAAGGGCAAAAACCACUGAAGCUCCAUACUUUUCUCCAGGAAAUUUUUCAGGGUGAGGGGGUGUCUCCUAGAAGACUGACUGACAUCUGUGACACUGAGGCAGUCAUAAAGCUGGGCUCCCACGUUUACAGGUUCUCCAGCCUCCCAACGAAUUGGGAGCCCGUAAACGCUGAGUGCCCUCUCCCUGUCAGUCAACACAGGGGGCAGAGAAUCAUGGAUGAAGUCCUUGGCUCGCUGGUCAGCCACAGCAUCGACUGGGGCAAAGUGUCCCAGGCGGGCAACCAGGACCCGCACCUUCUCCAUGAAAGCGGUUCUUCGCGGAUCCUUAGAAUCCGAAUGCUGGGCCCCCAUGUAAUCCAUAAAAUCUCGGGGCAGUCCCCUACGAAACUCCACAUUUUCCUCCAUUGCGGCCUGCACUGCCAGGGGCAGCACAGCCUCCAGGAAGUCGCCCCAAGUAUUGCGCUGGAAUGUGGACAAGGUCAAGUGCAGAGAGUGCACCCCAUCCUGGCAUUCGGCUUGGUGAAUGAAGCCUCGCGGGAAAUAGAGCAAAUCUCCAGGUUCCAGCACCGUCUGCAGCACCGGCUCUCCGAGGUCGUCCUGGCUGAAGUUGGGGCUGGAUGUCAGGGCCAGUUCCUCGGUCGGCACCCGCGGUCUGUAGACCCGCCAGAGUUUCCUACCUUCCAGCUGCAGGACAAAAGCCUCGAUGUCGUCGUAGUGGGGGGCAAAGCCCUGCGAGUUGGGGGGCGUAAGGUAAACGUUGGAGCCUGCCAUGCUUCCGAACUGCUCCUGAAGCACGGCCAAAAACUGCCACACGGUGGUGGAGAAAGCCUGCGGACAGAGGAGGCGCAGGGAGCAGCCGGCCCGGUACAGGGACCACGCGGCGGCCGGCAGAGCGCGGCCGGGCGGGUUCAAGGUCUCGCGCCGCCCAUUGAUGUAGCGCGCGGCGUCCAGGUGCUGCCCGAAUUGCACCUCCUCGCUGCGCAGUAUGGAGUCGAGGUCGGCGGUAGAGAAAAGACCCUGGUAGUAGCUGUGGUCCUGCCGCCGCACCAGCACCGCCUCGCGCUCCCACAGGCGCCGGUAGAAGUGGUCCGGAGGCAUGGGCGAGAUGAGCCACUCGAAGAGGCGCGCCGCCCGCCGCCGGCUGCUAGGGAUGCAGUUCAGCUCGGCCAAGAUGCGCUGCAGCGGGGAGUCCCAGGGCAGCUCCCCGCCCGUGCUUUCCCCCUGCGGCCCCGACAGCGGGGCAGAAGCCACGGACGGCGGGGCGGCCGCCAAAUGCUGGGCAGAGCACAGCAGGGCCGAGGUCUCCACCAGGCUCCCCGAGGCCGGCACCAGGCGCGCGGGUAGCGCCGACGUCUCCACCAGGCGCGCCGGCGGGGUCUGCGCUUCCACCAAGCGUGCAGCCGGGGUCUGCGCCUCCCCCAGGGCGCGGGGAGUCUGCAGGGAGCGGGACGCGGGCGAAGCCUCCAGCAGCUCCGCGGGCCCAAGCUGGCCGUGCGGCUCCCGCCCGGUCGCAUCCAAAAGGGCCGCCGCCCCUCCAGCCAUCGGGUCCCCGGGUUCACCGACCGUCGACUCCACCCUCGAGUCCUCCGAGUCCUCGCUUGGCAGCGUCUGGGCCCUGAGCGCAGCCAUUCGGGACGAGGCACUUCUCCUCAGCUGCCGUCGGAUCUUCCUGGGCCUCAGGGGCAGGGCCAGGACCGACCCGCUGUGUGGCUGUUGCUGGCGCCGGCGCCUCAACCGCCCGCGCCUCAGCAGCCCGGCGCUAGCCCGGAGCCCGUCCAUGGUCCGACCCUCCCGCUAGCCCGGCGGGAGACGGCCGGAAGCCGGCUCACGCACGCGGCGGCCGCAGUGUACUCUGGGAGGGGGCGGGCCUCCAGCUGCCUUCAGGUUGUCCACGCCCACCAUUCUUCCUCCGGCUCUUCCCGCUCCCGGGUUAGAAAACGUUAAUUAAACGCUUGGGAUCCCCUAAAGCCACGGAGUCUCUGCCAAAUUAAUAUGGGUUCUAUAUUUAGAGGGCAAUUUUUAAAAAAUCAAGUUGUCAGGGACUCCAGGAAAAAGUUGCGACUUAACUCUUCUUUCCUUCCUGCGUCUACAGAUUGCGGUGUUCACAGGGUUGCCCCGUUUCUGAGUAACACGUUGCCCAGCAGCUUUGCAUGAGAAAGCUGACAAUUCUUGGUUUCAAGGAAUGCACUCAGGCAAAGUUCUAAGUUCGAACUUCUGGUCCACCUGGUCCUCUUUACAGAUACUGACUGACGCCCUAAAUUCCGCCGCCUAACUUCCCUUUGUCCUCUCUCCAUUACAAAUUUUCAGUCAUAGCCCUCUCCCUGAAAAAAAAAAAAAAAAUCCAUGGACUUUUCAACUUGUAUUUCUUUUUUAUAUAACAAAUAUUUACUGACUACCUACUAAGUGACAGACAUUGAGACAGCAUGGGGUAACAAUCAUAAGCAAAACAAUGAAACAUUAUCACCUGCCCUCUUGGGACUUAACAUUUCCGAGGACACAAUCAACAUGCGAGAUAAUGCACAAUCCUUUUCUUCCCUUCAUCUUUUCGAGUUUGAUCCAGCUCAAACUUCAAAAUUAUCAAGGCUACUUCUUAAUUAAACUGAAUGGAAUGUUUUCUGACUUAAUUCCAUAUGCAGUAAACAUGCUGACUUUACCUGUCCAGGCUUCUCUGGUGGCUCAGCUGGUAAAGAAUCCGCGAGCAAUGAGGGAGACCUGGGUUUGAUCCCUGGAUUGGGAAGAUCCCCUAGAGAAGGGAACAGCUACCCACU